GAGGUACCAAAUUGCUUUACGGGAAAAGGCAACUAUAAUUUAAUCUGAAACUGCCCUGCUUUAGACUUUUUCAUGGUUAUUAAUUUGUACAAAGAAUCACAAACUGGUACAGCGGGAACCAAACUGGCAAAUCAGGCUGCCGAGACAACUGUGUAAUUCGCUGGAAAAAGAAACGGAGAACCUCUCCUGCGUACGGGGUAAAUUGACAAAGGAUUUUACGACACAGAGAUUUGAGAGUUAAAGAAACUUUUCCGGUUUUUCGGUAGUUUUAAAGAAAUAAGCGUCAAAGGAGAAUUUAACAUACAGGCACAAUCUAAGAGUGACAGGAAGAGGAGUUUUCAGAAAGUGUUUUUAGGGUGAGGUUGGAAGAAUGUUGUUUCCAAAUAAUCAGUGGAUUUUUGGAUGCUAAAGGGAACACGAGGACAAUGUAUAUAAAAAUAUGCAAGAAUCAAAGGAAACCCCCAUAUCCAAUCACCUAGAUGAAAUUGUUGCUGCUGUCAGCAUAACGCCUAGAAAGAAGAUCCAAAACAAACUGCCUCAGACAGCGCUAUUCCAACCUCCUCGAGAGAAACUCCACCAUUGUGAAGAGAAAGCGAAGUCCUAUUCUAGCAGUCACGAAUAUAAACAGGCAGUCCGCGAGCUGGUGCGCUGUGUCGCACUGACGAGAAUUUGCUAUGGCGACUCCCAUUGGAAACUGGCAGAGGCACACGUCAAUCUGGCUCAGGGCUACCUGCAGCUGAAAGGACUGUCGCUGCAAGCAAGGCAACAUGCGGAAAAAGCCAAAGAAAUCCUUACCAACUCCAUUGCGCCUCCCUAUGACGACAACACAGAUGUUUUUAAGUGUUCAAUUGAGCUGUUCCAUACCAUGGGGAGAGCCUUACUCUCCCUUCAAAAAUUUAAGGAAGCUUCGGAGAAUUUGUCGAAGGCAGAGCGACUUGCAAAGGAGCUGCUGCAGUGUGAAAGGAUUAUAAAGGAGGAAUGGAUAGAAAUCCAAGCACGGAUCAAAUUGUCAUCUGCACAGAUGUAUCAAAGUCAGAAGAAAUCAAAAGAAGCUCUGCCUCACUACCAAGAGGCUUUAGAAUAUAUUGAGAUCAGUCGAGGUGAAAAAAGUCUUGAGUGUGUACCAAUAUUGAGGGAAUUAGCUGGUGCCGAGCAAGCCCUGGGACUUCACGACGCAUCCGUCAACCAUUUUCUACAGGCGCAUCUCAUCGUGCUGAGCAAAAACCCCUCUCAAGAGGAGGCAGCGGUCUCCGCACAUUUUGUCGCCCACGCUGCUGUAGCUUCUGGGAGUACCGAGCACCAAGAUGUGGCUGAGCAGUAUUUUCAAGAGAGCAUGGCGAACCUUAAGGAUGCUGAAGGGACGGGAAAGGCCAAAUUUCUUUCAAUUCAAGAUGAUUAUUGCCAUUUUCUACAAGCCACUGGACAAAAAGAGAAAGCAACCUCGAUCCUGAGAGAGUCCCUGGAAGCCAAAGUGGCAGUGUGUGGUGAUCUCAGUCCCGAGGUGGCCGAGACCUACCGGCUGUUGGGUGGGGCCGACCUGGCCCAAGGGAACCACGCUGGGGCCCACAGGAAACUGAAGAAGCUGUCCUGGAGAAAGAUGAUGGUAGCUUGCUCCAAGACAGUGGCCAGGGGAUGGAGCAGAGUCGUGGGGGAGUCGAGGGAUGUCGAUAAGGAUGUAGAAACCACGGCACAUGGCAGCUCGGAGUGUCUUCAGAUUCAGACCCUCUUGUACGGACCGCAGGACAAGAGAACUCUGGCCACCCAGCAGACAGUGGACGUCCUGUCCAAGGCCCCAGAGGUGGCUGUGAAGUCCAGGCAGGCCCCGAAAGCCAAACCCGCGUUCUACACUGGUGUGGCCCAGCACACUAUGCUGGGGAAGGCCAGGCCCAACAUGGCGGACUGAGACCACCCACCCCCCCAAACUCCC